GUCAUUACUUAACAUUAUAGAAGAAGAUUCUUUGAUAGAUAGUAACAUUUUAGAAGAAAAAUCAUCUGACUUUAAAGGUUUUGAUGGAGAAUAUGAUCCAUAUUUUCCAAAUUUUAUAUUAACAAUGAAUUUUAUCUGGAUUAUUAAACAUAUGAUAUAUGA